AUGACCUGCAACACUCACCACCAGCACCUCCACCUAUGCACCAAACUUGGAAUCUGUCACGUCUUUAUGAAGAUGAUGUCAGAUCAUUAUAUGUCACCACCUUUGUCACCAAAUCCACCUCCCUUCUCACCACACUGCAAGACCUUGUUCAGAAUCCACCAACUAUAUGUCCACCCAUUGAUGCUCUUACUAACUCUUUCGAUACACUCAUUUAUGACUCUCUUAGUAGCUCCAUUGGUUCUCGCCCCCCUCGCCCCUCACAUUGGAAAUCGUUUUGGACCCCUGCAUUGCAAGCUGCAGCCGACCAUAGAGAUAGUUGUUACAAGCAAUGGCAUUGAGCUUGUGACAUUGACAAGAUCAAUUGGUGGAGCUGGCACCAACAUGCACAUAAGGAGUUUCGUCAGCAAGUUCAAACUGCAAAGCAUUUGUCUUGGCAUGCUUUUUGUCACUCAAUGA